AUGAAAAUGUUCCGAGAUUUUGGGACACAAAUAUAUUCAAAAUAUUCAUUAAUCGUUGCAAUUCAAGCAGGAGUUGAAGAUACAUUUAUGACUUAUGAGAUUUACAAAGACGACAUCACCACUGAAUUAGUGGGGAAAGCUUGCACAUUGUUAGACAUCGCACCUGAUGUUGUUCUCAAACAGUUCGGAGAGUACUUUUUUGACUUUUGUAAGAGGUCUGGCUACGAUCGGAUGCUUAGAACACUAGGCGGUAAUCUCUUUGAGUUCAUUGAGAAUCUGGAUGCCUUGCACAGUUACCUGGCCCUGUCUUACAAGGAAAUGAAUGCCCCCUCAUUUAAAGUCGAGAGAUAUAAAGAUGGGUCAAUGCAUUUGCACUACUACUCUGACAGGAGGGGGCUCUACCAUAUUGUUCCAGGAAUCCUUGGAGCUGUGGCUAUGGACUUCUUUAAUAGUGAGAUUUCUAUGGAGAUUGUUAACCAGGUGGAGGAAGAACAUCGGACUGGAAAAAAAGAGCAUGUUGUAUUUCUGGUCAUCCAGAAAUCAAACCUUGCAUGUAACAGAAGAAAUCACCUAGCAGACACAAGGAAGCAGUUUGAAACACUGCUAAAUAAGGAGGACUUAGAAACAGCUGUGAAUAAAAUCAGAGACAGAUCACACCAUGCCACAGUCUGUCCAGUGAAGAGGAACCACUGGGAAACAGUUCGAGGGAUUGUUAAGAUCGGAAGAGGUAGACUUUUAAGAGGAUUUGAACCAGUCUAUCCAGAGUCACUGUGGAUAGAUACAAAAACGUUUUGCAGUGCUUUCCCUUUUCAUAUUGUGUUUAACAAAGAGCUCAGGGUAAAGCAAGCUGGAGUAAAAAUUCAAAGAAUUGUGCCUGGUCUUCAAACCAUGAACAUUCAUGUAGAUCAGUACUUUGACAUCAUUCAUCCAGAAGUGACUUUUACUAUUUCAAGUGUGAGAAAAUUCAUUAACAGUCAGUUUGUUCUGAGGACUAAAAGGAAGAUGAUGCCAGCGUCAUGGAAAAAAUGUCCAAUGUUAGAAUUAAGAGGCCAGAUGUCAUGGAUGGAGUCCUUAGAGUGUAUGAUUUAUCUCUGCUCACCUUUACUGCGCAGUUUACAUGAGCUAGAAGAAAGGCAGAUGCACAUUUCAGAUAUAGCACCUCACGAUGUGACAAGAGACCUCAUUCUUCUAAACCAACAAAGGCUGGCUGAGAUGGAGCUGUCAAACCAGCUGGAAAGGAAGAAAGAGGAACUUCACAUCCUUUCAAAACAUCUGGAGGAAGAAAAAAAGAAGACUGAAGUAUUACUGUAUGCCAUGCUUCCAAAACAUGUGGCUAAUCAGUUGAAAGAAGGAAAGCAAGUGGAGGCAGGAGAAUUUAAGGAGUGCACAGUACUAUUCAGUGAUGUCGUGACGUUCACAGAUAUCUGCUCUCAGUGUGAACCUAUCCAGAUAGUCAUCAUGUUAAAUUCAAUGUAUCUCGGAUUUGAUCGACUUACUACAGUGCAUGAUGUCUACAAGGUGGAAACAAUAGGGGAUGCAUAUAUGGUUGUUGGCGGAGUUCCAGUACCUGUAUCCACUCAUGCCAUGCGAGUUGCUAAUUUUGCCCUUGGAAUGAUAAUAGCAGCCAAGGAGGUAAUGAAUCCAGUUACAGGAACUCCUAUUCAGAUUAGAGUUGGACUUCACACUGGCCCUGUACUGGCAGGAGUUGUUGGUGAGAAAAUGCCACGCUACUGUUUAUUUGGGGAUACAGUCAAUACUGCUUCCCGUAUGGAAAGCCACGGUGUUCCCAAUAAAAUCCAUCUCAGCCCUAGUGUUUACCAAGCACUGAAAGGUGAUACUUUUUUGAUAGCUGAAAGAGGUGAGAUUGAAGUGAAAGGAAAAGGUAAAAUGCAUACAUAUUUUCUCAUCAAAAAUUUGACUGCCACUGAGAAUGAAAUAAUGGGAUGGCCAGUCAAGCAGUCUGACUCUGGAAGAGAAUCUGUCCAAUCUCUUGAAUCUAAGAUACAAUCACUGCCAAGCUUCAUGCAGCAAGGAAUACCCAGCACAAGUCAAGAACAUCAUACCACUGUUGUGGUGAAGUAUGCUGACAGUCAUGUGGAAUCACAGUCAAAAACUAAAGCUGAGACAGCUCCCUGGAGCCGAUAUGUGUCCUCUCUAGACCCGGUCCCCUCUUGGCUACCUUCACCAUUUUUAGAGAGGCAUCGACACUCAAGAUCUUCUUUCAUAGCAUCUUCUUCCUAUUCUUCCAGGAAUCUUAUAGAGGCAGAUGUGGCUAGAAUGAUGAAGAAGUUUUUCUUGACACAGAUUCAGAUAGAAGUUCUCCUGGCUCCUACCCAUUCGGGUCAGGAAACCUUCAUUAGUACUACUCCACUGAUCCUGGCUAUUUCUCUGAUUCAUCCUUUGGUUUUGGAGCCCUUGGACCUGAGUCUUCUGGGAUUGUCUGUUUCAGAUCCAAAGAUGGUGGUGUCUUUGGAUCUGAUUACUUCAAUGAAUAUACCGGCUCCAAAGCUGUUGGGUCCAGAUGACUCUCGGAAUUGGAGCACUGCUGUCGGUUCCGAGUUGCUAGAGUUGACUCUGAAGCAGUCAGAGCCUGCUCUUCCCUUUGAAGUGUCGGCAUUGGACAGCUUGGCUUCAUCUUCUGCCUCGGGUGGGCUGCCUUUGGGUCAGAAGAAGACAAUGGUCUGGAAACAACAUGCCUUCUUGACUCUGUCAAUUUCCUUCUCCCUGUGGCAUUCUGCCUUUGAGGUGGUAGAGAGAGUUUUCUCUUCCAGGAUUCAGACAGCUCCUUCCUCCUUGGAUCUUCCUUCUGUUUCCCAGAUGUCUUUGUGCCAUGAGCCUCAUCAUUCUACCACACAGGGACAGCCAGCUCAAAGCUUCCAGCUCACCCAACAGGGCAAGAUGUCCCAUGGAAGCCUACCCGCAUAUUCAGCGGCUAAAAACGACAUUGUGUUGAGCUGUCUUAUCCAGCAUUACCCUGUCCUGUUUGGCCAGGCCACCCAUGAGCAGCAGGAGUGA